CAGGAUCAGAGAGUUUGGGUAAGCACGAUUAGAUGUCUGAAUGAGAGCAUGACUCAUUAUUUUUAAGGAGUUUACAGUAAGAAUUACUCAGAGUAUGGUGUCAUAUAUGUACUUCACAAUCAGCAGGUGAUGAGCGUGUGUUUGACUUGGAGAUCUGCACAUUGGCGGUUGUAUUUUUGUGUAUUUUUUUUUCCUCUGCUGCUCUUACUUGAUGCAGUGAGCAGCAGUCAUGACCCAGUUGGCAGCAAUGAGAGAGCCCCCACAAGUGUGCCUCCAUUCACCAUCCCUCUCAUACUGCAGAGAGAUCUGGACACAGAAAAGGACUACAUAAGACAAAGUAAACCAGGUUGUACGGAUGAAUGGCAAAGUCUGCGGGUUUAAUUCAAAAACAACCAUUUAGCUGCAACACUGGGGCAAAGAUUUAAAGGGAUAUUCCGGCAAAAAGUUGAUUUAGGGUCAAACACACCUCAACAUUGAGUUAGGCGCCCCCUCUAGGGAUGAAUGUUGCCGACUGCUUGCUUCUCUAGUUAUACCAACUUUAGUAACGACCAUAGAAUAGCAAUACACAGUCUGAGGAGCCAUGAACAAACCUCAACCAAAACGCCACUCAAAUAAUGCUCAGAGCAGCACCUAACCUUGUCAUCAGUAGACAUAGCGCACUAGCCACCAAACAUCUUCUUAACUUUGCCUAAUUUCUUUAGCAAAGAGACUAAACACAACUCACCCACUCCCUUCCAGUAGCCGCUUGUUUGUAGCGAGACUUCGGGCUAGUCCAUUACGGACUGCUGCUGGGAGACGCAGCUCAAGGAAGAACAUUUAUGAUCAUUUCUUCAUGGAAAUACAAUCAGACCAAGAUGCUAAGGUAGAAGGACUACUGCAUCUGCAGUGCAAAAUGAUUAACAUUGUGAUUAUUACUUUAAUGAAAUGAUAAAGUAAUGAUCAUAAAUGUUCUUGCUUGAGCUGCGUCACCCCGCUGCAGUCCGUAAUGGACUCGCCCGGAGGUCUCGCUACAAACGAGCAGCUGCUAGAAGGUAAGUUGUGUUUCGUGUCUUUGCUAAAAAAAUUAGGCAAAGUUAAAAAGAUGUUUGGUGGCUAGUGCUUUGGCUAAGACCGUAUUUGUACUGUUGAUGAAGUUAGGUGCUGUUCUAAUAAUAAUAAUAAUGCAUCAUAUUUCAUAUAGCGCUUUAUCAGAGACCCUCAAAGCGCUUUACAUUGGAUAGAUGCAUCACUCAUUCACUCACUCACACAGUCACACUUUGGUGGUGGUAAACUACCUACGUAGUCACAGCUGCCCUGGGGUAGACUGACGGAAACGUGGCUGCCAUUUUGCGCCUACGGCCUCUCCGACCACCACCACCACACAACACUCACAAUCAUACACCAGUGGAGGACACACAUUGGGAGCAUUAUUUGUGGCGUUUUGGUUGACGUUUGUCUGUGGCUUCUCAGACCGCUGUGUAUUGCUAUCCAGUGGUCGUUACUAAAGUUGGUAUAACUAGAGUAGCAAGCGGUCGGCAACAUUUAUCUCUCGACGGGUUGUCUAACUCGGUGUUACGGUGUGUUUGACCAUAAAUUAAUUUUACGCCGGAAUAUCCCUUUAUUCAUAAGGCGUGUGAGAAAAAUGAAUAUUCAGUAUUAGCAUACCUGCCAGGGCCAGCUGUUGGGAGUGGCAUCUUCUCCGUUGACCACACGGGAAGACAGGGGCUCGAUGGGUGGGGUGCCACACCCGAGGGCUGGACAAAGUGGAGACAGACAAGAGUCUAAGUGAGGUGAGAUAGGGAGUGACAGCACUAACAGCCUCAUUUUUCUUUCCAAUGAAGUAUUACACUGUGUCACACAUACUCACACUCCAGCACAAACUUUCAAACAAUUACCUCCAGAAUUAGAGAACGCCAGAUGUUCUUACCGCUAGCAAUGAGCACUGAGGCCAGCACAAUGGGGAUCAUGUUGAUGGAUGCGUCUGCUGAGGGACAGCAGGACACACACUCUCUUUUAAACUUUCCACCACAGGCAACACCCGCUCCAAACACCGUAACACACACUGCUAUUGGUUUGUCAUAGCAACCAGGGACAGGGAUGGACCAAUGGAAAUGAGGGUCAGUCAGACCAAUCACACAGGUGUUCAUUUGGGAACAUUUCACAUGACCUUCAAACAAACCCACAAUUUAUGCAAAGAAUCUGUGUGUUUAUGCAAGUCCGGAUGUAUAUAUGUUAGGUUUAUGCAUUUUUGUCACACUAGGAGACUUUCCAGACAUCCUCUAUUUUACCACCAUGCUUUUGUCUAUUUUUUAACCCCCAGUUUUUCCUCCUUUCCAAAACAAAUCCUUCUCCCUGAAUCCUGGAUUUAAACGCUUGCAUAACAGCAUGAGAAGCCAACAUCUGGAUCACUGCUACUGGCCUGUUUUCUCCUAAGUGUAGAACAAAAAACGCAAACUCAGAAGCAUCACUGUGACAAAUAACAAGGACAAUGAGGAGCAGAUGGCGUCACUGGUGCAGAAAAUACCGACAGCUACACUACAAUCUUUUUUGACAUCUUACAGGGAACACUGUUGUGCACCGAAUUCUGCAGAGCCAGGAGUGUGUGCACCGUAUUGUAUGUCCAUCUGUAUAGCCAAACAUAUCAUUCAGCAUGCUCCUCCAUUCAAACUAUCUUCUUUGUGUUCUUGUCUGCAGUGCAUUUUUGGUUACAAACCCUUACCCAGUGUAACAUGGGGUUUUUAUAAUGACUUGAAUGAAUACGUUAUGAGGCCUGGAGGACACAGAAACAGCUCCGGAGGUGUGUAAAUGCCAGAGUAUGCAGGCCUGAGGUGACUCGGCAUGCAGACAUCGUAAAUCUGUCAGAGACCGCUGUGGUAAUAAUACCUGGCACAAUAAAGGUUGGAUGUUAUGGUUCAGUAAACAGGUAGAGUCAGGUGAGGAAAGGUCUGUAUACAAACAAAAAAUGUUUUUUGUGUAAUGAUCUAACUGAGAUUGUGCAUCAGAUUAGACAGAAUCAGGUCAUUAAGGGCCCAGAAUGGUUUGGAUUGGUACAGGAGCUUUAUUUCUGCUCCGUGACCUCUUCAAAUAAACAUCGCACUGGAAUACAAAGUGAGUCAGACAUAGAAAGAAAAAUUUGUUAUGUGUGAUUACCUCUGGAGUAAGACUGAAUUCUUUCAUUAUAUAUCUUAGUUUUCCACUUCACCACUAGAUGGGACAAUUCAUCUAUUCAGACACCAUUUUGAGCUACAUAUUUUUUUUCAAAAGAGAAACAUUAAAUGCUAUUUUUGUUCUAUUUUUUUACAGAAAGUGACCACAUUCAAGCUUUUCUGAAAGAUUAGAAAAUCAAUAUUCAUUAUAACUGGGUUGCAGCAUCUGAAAAGAGGGUCAAGUGAAAAGUUUUAUACCAAAAUUGACAAUCAAAGACCCUCAACUUUUAAAGCUUUAUCUACAAGGUGGUAUUGUUAUUUGAGUUAUGUCUCAAAUUUUUUUAGACUCGCCCAUCUUUAGUCUGCAAGCCCGGAGAAAAUACUUGAAUGAACAGAGACUUGAAAGGCAGCCAUGGCAACAAAACAAGCUCAGACAUCCUCAGAUGGUGUCAGCUUAUGUGCAAGUGUGUGUGCGGAUUCCCAUUGUGUGUGUGUGUGUGUGACCUUCCCUCUACAGCUGCGACACACAAUUAAUUGAAAGCUAAUUAAAAUUAGUCUUCAAAUUUGUAAAACAGUGUUCAACUUAUUACAGGCCAGUGUGUCCUGAAUAGAUGCCUCGCUUUCCAAUUUUCUGAUUAAACCUCUUGUAUUCAUUAAUUUGAUAGUGGCCAGAUGACACAAGAUAAUGAACCAAGGUACCGGUACCUUUAUUUAACAGGAAAAAAGAGUCUGAAAUUGAUAAGGGAAAGAUCUGAGUUAAAGCAGCGACACAUGUUAAACGAAAGGGAAACUUCAGUCUUAAAAAAACUCCUAAAUCUGCUCCCUGUGACUGAAACAUGUAGGGGAGACCGGGGCUUGUUGUCACACUUUAUACACUCUUAUAUAUUUCUUGGAAUCAAUACAUCAUAUGUAAUCAAAAUGUGUACCAGAUGAAAAACCAAAGUCUCAGGUAUAUAUUUCAUGUUCAUGUCAUUUUCAUAUCUUUUGUCAGUGCAGCGUUAUAAGAAAUCAAAUAGAUGGUGCACGAUGUCACAGUGGAUUUUGCAGCUAAUAAAACAAGGACAAAAUUAUUGUUGUUCUCAUUUCCUUCCAUGAAAGCGAACAUCAAAGUCAGGCACAGAAAAUGUUUAUCAUUGAGCGAUUAAAGUCAUUAAACAAAUGUUAACAUAAAAUAUUAUGCACAUAUGCACAUUUGCAUUUUUCUGACUCUGUAUUGCGGCUGGGGUGAAUGUUUUGCAGUACCGAGCCGAGGUAUGGUAGUUGACAUUAAAGUCUUUUAUUGUACUACAGAUUGAUUUAUAUAGCUAAGGUCACCUGCCUGACUGCCCUCAGCAUCAUGUCAGGUACUGCACUGCCAUGUUAUAUAUGGUUAAGUGGCGCUCAUCUCAGCUCACAAUGUGCUCUUCUCUUCUCAGACAGGACACGACCUCUGAUCAUGUAAAGGAAGAAAACUAGUCUUCCACUUUUUAGUUGUGCCCUCUGGUGGCAAAGAUAAUUGCAAUGUGACAACUUACCCAUGUGACAACAAGCCCGGUCGCCCCUACGUAUGCACACAGGAGCAGGCUUUCAUGUUGUGGGAGGUUUCACAGCAAAUAAAGAAAUUAAAUUAAAUUAAAUCUAAAAAAAAAAUCCUACCAUUGUCUGAAAGCUCUUCCUUAGUGAGGUUUGUAACAGGUUCUCUUCAGCCUGCUCCCCCUGUAUGAGCCAUUUUUAUCUACAUUAUUUUUUGGGUUUUGUUUUGUUACUCGGUCAAUCACCUCAAGGGGCACUUCAGGUGAAUGGGCAGGUAAAUGCUACAAAAGGGGCACAGGUGAAGCAGUUAUCUGGGAAAUGGGAAGAGCACGCUGUUUUUACCGCUAAUCUCCGACACCACUCUCACCCACAUCACGAACAUCGACAUCGUCUUAAGUUUGACGUACCUGCCUUUUUUUGGUUUGUUUUUCAUUUAAUCAAUAAAUGGCAAAAACAUAACUCAACAAAAACAUUGGAGAGGACAUUGGAUUGUAUUAGAAGCACCUCAAAAACACCUCACUCCCGCACCCAGACAUAGACUAAAAUUCGGUUCAGCAUAGUCACUACACACCCUAUCAGAGCAGCAGCCGAACCCUGAGUGGCACUCUGUGGGAGCUUUAUGGUUGUUUUUAAUCACUUUGGGCUGGUAAACACUGAGCAGGCCACUGCGGCUCCUUUUUCAGAGUGAGGGAGAAAGACUUUGCAGUAAAGUAUAAAUAUUAUUGUGGCAGGUCGGUGCUAUUGGCUGCAGCAUGUUGUGUGGUUUUUCGAGCCAUUUUCCGUGCAUACCUCCUCGUAUCCAACUAUUCAACCACUGCUCAGCAGUACUCUGGUGCACACUGCUGGAUCUGUGGAUUUGUAGGGGUAGUUUCAUGUUUUGCUCAGUCCACAAACAUCCAUACUGCUGGCGUUUUAAAAAAUACACAGCUGUUUUUCUUGUUGCUGUCUUAUUUGCCACAGGCAGUGUGUUUCAAGCUGCAGGGCAGAAGAAAACCCAAACAUCAGCUGUCUGCUGCUGAUUCCCUUUUAUCACCAUCCUUCACUCUGAUGUUAACAGAGGGCUUUUCCUGCCUUUGCUUGACGAAUUUUAGUGGAACUGAUUGUCUCAUUUUGACGCAUAAAUAUUUUUAUUGAUGUUUUUAUUCGGGGCUUCUUGAAAUAUUUUUAGCUUAUUACCCUUAAGAAACUCCCCGGUUGGGAACAACUGAUGUAAUUAAAUCUCGCAAGCACAUCAUGACCUGACUGGUCCUCCUGCUGAUCAUGUGUGUACUUGCCAGGUUUUUACUUCUUUCGUGCUGAGUGGGACGGAAACAAGGGAGCAAUGAGUGUGGGUGCAGCUUGUUUUUACACCACUCACAAAAAAAUGCUGUAGUGUCUUUUUACUGCUUACUUUUUAAGUGUUUAUUUUAUUUUGAUGUGUUUCGUAUGUUCGUGUGCCAGAACUUCACUGUCACUCCCUGUUUCUUCUUUCUUGGGUUGAGUCUAUUGUGUCUGCUUCUAUGACAAAUGAAUUAAGCAUAGUUUUCCCAACAAUGGAAUCAACUUCCUCUGUUUUUAUUCUUCAUUCUGUGUUUUUCUGCAUCUCUGCUCUACCUUAAAUGUUAUUAAUUCAGACAUGGACACCUACAUCUUAAUUUUGAUUUUGCUUUAUGUCCAAAACUGUUCACAGAAAUGCUCUUUGUUGCCUUAUAUUGCGAAAUUAUUUAUAGUUUCUACCUUUGAGUGUUUUUACUGUUUGUUUUAUUUUCCAGAACUAACCUCAUGGUGCACACCUACCUCCAGACAAUUAUUGGUUUGUGGAACAACCACAACUAUGUCAGAUGUGGGAGGCCUGUAUUUCCUGUGUGCAACCUCAGAAUAAUGAUUAGCAGAUUUGGGAAUGCUGUCACUUGAGGGAAAAAAAUACUUGCCCACUUACUUAGUCGAUGUGUAUAAAUCAAACUAUAAAAUCUCUUUCUUUGAUUGCUUGCAAAUUUUCAGAGCUGCAUUGCACUGAAAAAAAAAAAAAAACAGUUUCUAGCUCAAGGACAUCACAACAGUUUAUGUAUAGAAAUGGUUACGUAAUCUCAUUCAGCUAAAAUGUGUAGGAGCAAUUAUUGCAGUGUGACACACACAAUCUGAAACUUCAUACAGAUAUGCAUAAUAUAGUGAGAUAAGAUAAAAGCAGCAAACAUGCACUGACGACGUGGACUUGGAGGUAAUGUAAAGUUCAUAUAUAUUCACAUUAUAAAGUAAUAUCCAUCAACUCUUGAUAACUCUACCAAACUUGUCAUGUUUUUAUGUUAAGUCUUUAUGCAAUGCUUUAUGAUUCACUUCUUGAUGUGUCUGUCAGAGCAGAUCCAGGAGAAACCACAACAUAGAAUUUAUAAAUGUAUACCAUUGAUUAUGUAACAUUACACAAACAGUGACUUGCAUUAUCAAACAUCAUUCGCCUUUCAUUUUACUUUUAUUGCAGAUUUAAUGACACGGCCAACGCUGUUAUAAACUACUGUUAAAGGCCCGGGAUUAAAUUGGCUGGGGACCAAAGGUUCAAAGGUUUUCCUCACUGCGUCUAUAAAUCCUCCAUGUUUGCCUGAUAACAUCGGCAGCAACGGCGGAACAACCAGCAGCCAUGUCCAAGACCGCAGAGCUACAGACACCCCCCAGUGAGUAGACACUGCUCUAUGAGAUAUGUAGUGAGAUUUAAGCUACAUUUAAGUGACUCAGCUAAAGAUUUAUGUGCUUUAACAUGCAGAUUAGUAUUUUACUCACUGUGAAAAAAGAGGCAAAAGUCAAGAUGUUUGGUUUGUUGUAUUGAAGAAAAAUUUAUAAUUACUUUCUACAUUUAAAUCAAGGACAUUUAGUAUCCACAUAUACACAAUGUGAUGUGAAUGUAUAUUAUUUAGUUGAAUUAAAUUGCCAUUUCAAUGUGCGUCAGUAUCAGAGCCACAGUUACAAAAGAACAUGUUGGCAUUUUCUAUUGUUCCUGCUCCAGUGUCUCCUGUUGAAUGAGGUGAAAGAACAUGCACAAUGUCUCAUUAAGAGCUUUUAGUCUGCAGCUGAUAACUCUAAGAGGACAACCGUCUGACAGCUUCCUGCAUGCAAACUAAAAAAUAAAAAAGCACAGGAAUUAAAAAGAUGUGCCGCAAUAUGACAGCUUAUCCCAACAAGGUCAUUUACUUUAUCCUGACGUACGGGGUGGUAAAUAAUUCACUGAAGAGCUGAUCUAUUGUUCUAGUUGUGAUUAAACAACCAAAAAAACAAACAAAGAAAAAAACACUCAAGCUGUAAAUCCCAGCAGCUCUGAGCUUGUCUAUGUCACUUUUUUUGUUUUCUGGAGAAUUUGAAAUGAAGCAGUUGGGAACGUCAUAAAAAUUCACCCCCUGAAAGAUGACAGCACACCACAUUCAGGCGUCAUUUGCGAUGCUGCAGUAAUCACAAUCAAACCCCACAAAGUCAACAUUGUAGGAGACUGUUAAAGCCCUCAGCGGUUAUCUCUCCAUUGCACAUUCUGGUUUUUAUUGUCUGCUGUACUGGUGUCAUGGGAGUGAACCAAAUUGUGACCCUUAUGAUUGUGUGUAAUAACCAUUCACACAGUCAAACUCUGAUGGUGUAACCUAUAAACUCAGCGUGAGGCAGCGUAUUGAACCGCUCUGCUUUGAGUCUGCUAAUCACGUUAUUCUCUUAUAUAUUUUACAAUCUUCAUUUUGUGUGCAGAUAUGAGGUAAUGAAAGUGGAUUGGUUAUUGGCUAACAGAUAAGACAACAGAUAGCGCAGGUGUCAUCCGCAGUGCAUGACCCCACACAGUCACAAGCUCGCUCAUUCAGGAGCUGUUACAGAACACGUUGUCUCACACCACACAAGUGCUAAUGUUUCCUCGCUUAACCGUCUUUUUAAAUCACACUUAAUUGCACGAAGUGAGUGUUGAUAGCUUGAAAAGCAGCUGCAGAGGUGUGAAGAAGUGGAAGGGAUAUAGAAAGUGUGAAAAAAUGACACAUUGUUUACACAAACUGUUGUCACCAUAUUUAACUGGUUUGAAAUGUAUAAUUAUAAAGUAAGCUCCCGUUGACCUUUUUAUUAGUAAGUGCGUUGACAGUUUUAUGUCAUGGUGACACCGUCAGCCAGCAUGGGUGGAAUAUUUUGACACAUCCAUGCUCAUCUGUUUAUGCAAACAACUUUUUUUUUUUAAAGUAGGAUGUUGCUUCACUUCCUCGUUCUCACUCGUUCAAAGUUUGAGAGCUGUAAACGGUUCACAACACCACACCUUUUCUGUGUGCAUAUAUGUGUGCGCACACAUGUGUUUAUGUGUGGUGAGGGAAAAAGGUGAGACAGGUGAAGUGUCAAGAGUUCAGCUGUUUCUCAAGUAUACUGCAUGGCUGUAUCUGUAUCUCAGUGUUUCCUCUCUGCUUUAUCUCUGUAGAUUAUAGUGUGCUGUUAAAAUAAGAGCAUUCAGUGGGCCUCCUCCCUUUUCAUCGUGUCUCCUUUCUCUCCUCAGUAUCCAGCAGGGAGAGAUGUCCAAAGGCCAAUGGACUGGAGAGCGUUGCUCCUCUGGUGAGCACUGUGGAAGAAACACCUGAUCCCAUCCCCACCACUAUCAAAGGCACUGUCCCAAGCUGGAUCAACGGAAGCUUUCUGAGGAAUGGUCCUGGAAAGUUUGAAUUUGGAAAAGACAGGUAUUCGAGAGACAAAAGAAAAAAAUCAAUCUAACUUUACAGAUGAUAGAACGUCAUUAGAAUUGCAUUUUAAAAACGGGCAACACACAACAUGAUGCAACCGCUGAGACGAUAACAGAAAUUAUCUUACCCAAACCCAGCUCCAAAAUAACAAGACUGUCACUGCAAAACGCCUAAACCUGGGGUUCUUGGAGCUGGAAUCAAAAAUCAGUGAAUUAUAUCACAGCAACUCACAGCAACACAUCUGACAAAAAUCAGCAUGGUGAAAGUAGGAUGACUGGCAGAAGAAUUUAAGUUAUAUUUAGUUAAAAAAAAAUGAAAUUACUUCAGCUUAGGUGAAGCAACAUGAGCCAUCCAGUGAGUGCCAAGCCUGUGCAAUAAUUGUAAGUCUAUAACUUGCAUGUUUACUCAUAAUGUAAAUGAGUUGUUUAGGAUUUGCAGUGAGAAAAUGUCCAUUGAGAAAACAACAGAGCCAUUCAUACCAUGUAAGACAUAAUGUGCUGUGCCAAAAAUGGGUUGUUUUCUCCCCUGAUGUUCUUGUUUCUAAAUCUCCAGGUGAUUAAUUUCUUUUGUUGUUCUGUGUUCAUUGUUUUUCCGAAAAAAAUGUUUCGUAUGUGUACAACCUCCUUGGCAAUAAAUUUGAUUCUAAAGAAGAAAUUCAGGCUAAAGAUAUGACUGCCUGAGUAUUUGUAGCUGCAUUUACUGUAUUAUUACCGGCAUUUUCUCUUACUCUAACACCCCAGGCAGAAUUCAAUUAUCUUUAUUUUUCUCUUUUAGAUACACCCACUGGUUUGACGGCAUGGCUAUGAUGCACCGCUUCCACAUCUGUGAUGGAAAUGUCACCUACAGCAGCCGGUUCCUGAGAAGUGACUCAUACGUGAAAAACUCAGAGAAGAACCGAAUCGUGGUGUCGGAGUUUGGGACUUUGGCGAUGCCUGAUCCAUGCAAGAACAUCUUCGCACGCUUCUUUUCACGCUUCCAGAUUCCCAGUAUGUGUUCCCUAUUUACACGUUGUACAUCCUCAUGUGUAAUCCCGCACCUUGCAGCACUGCCAGAUGCAUUAUUAAACUAAUGAAGUCAUCUGUGUAUAUAGGUAACCAGGCAGCUGUUCCAGAUUACUGGAAUCCAAGUGUAACAUACAGCCAGAGCAGAAAAAUACAACCUUAUACAUUUUUUGCUUUGCUGCUCAUGACCUUGGCUGUAUGUUUCUUUUUAUCCUCAUGAAAGCUAAGUGUUGCAGCACGAGCGCAAGUCAAUAUAUGUGCAUCCGUGUCUUGUCUGCGUGGGGGAAGAUCAAUCUGAAGCAUGGCAUAAAGCCUCUGAAAAAUAAGCAGGAACAAAUUGAAGGGGGAAAACAGUUACCCAUGUCAUCGUUAAGAGCACUGAGUUUUUUUCUUUUUUCCCUUGAGUGCUAUAUUUAAUACCUUUCUGAUGCAUGUGUGAACAGAGGCCACAGAUAAUGCCAGUGUGAACUUCGUCAAGUACAAGGGAGAUUAUUAUGUUAGCACUGAAACCAACUACAUGAGACGAGUGGAUCCUCAGAGCCUAGAGACCAAGGAGAAGGUGAGUCACUGGUACAGAUAUAAAGGUGUCUUCUGAAUAUUAAUGUGCAUUUAAAAAAAAAAAACAGAUGGUAACAGUGAGGAAGACUGGCUGACUGUUGCUAAUGGUGAUGGGAGCAACAAAUAUAAUGAUGCCGUCCCUUCAAGGUGGACUGGAGUCAAUUUAUUGCCGUCAACGCAGCCACAGCUCACCCACAUUAUGACCGCGAGGGGGCUACGUACAACAUGGGCAACUCCUACGGCAAAGCAGGUAACCUUUCCCUCUGCUGUUCCGUUUCUGAACUCUGUUAGACGUCCUGGUGUGAUCCAACAUUACUGAUUAGCUUUUGGGUCUCCUAAGGUUUCUUCUACAACAUUAUCCGGGUGCCACCUGCUGCAGAGGAGACAGCAGCGACAAAGGACUCAGCAGACCUGAAUGGAGCCAAAGUGAUCUGCUCCAUCCGAGCAACUGAUGCCAGGAAGCCUUCCUAUUACCACAGCUUUGGUGAGGAACACAAAACAGUGUGAAAAACAGGCUGUAGCCCCUUUAAAAGCCCAUGUGAGGAGAUAAUGACUGAUUAUAAAACUGGCUAGAAUUAAUACUGUGAGCUAUAAGCAAAUGAGAGCUCUACAUGCUCAGCCAUAUCCAUGGUUACCUCUAAAAAUGCCGAUUUAAUGAUGAUAUAUAAAUGUAGUUGAGCUUUAGGGUCCUUUCAGGUGAGUUACAGUGUGACAGUAAAAUAGAUUUCUUUAUUUUUCUUCGCUAAGACAAAUAGUGAAUGAUUGGAAAGAAACAAACAAGUUAAAAUAAGAGAUAAGUUGGACCACUCUGCCCACAGGGGGCGCCAGAUUUAAACAAAAGUUCUUCGCAGUGGCUUUAAGAAGUCUGAAUGCAUUAUGUAUACAGUGACAAGUAAUUUAUGAGGAUUUUUUGUCUGACCUGAUAGGGUGGGCCUACUUCACAUUUUCAGUGCUCUUAUUAAUUACUAAUUUAAAUUCUCGCCUCGUCCUCCUUCUUUUUUGUCAAUCACAGCUCCUUUGUCUCUCAGCUUAGCUUUCACUAUCUGUCUCAGUUUAUAGCUCUGCCUCUGACUCACACACUGAAGUACAUACUUUCUCCUUCGCUCAGUGUCUCGCUCAUGAAAAUAUAAAAUCCAUUAAAAAGAUGCACAAUCAACGUUUUGCCCUACUUUCUUUUCAGGAUUAACUCGAGGAGCACUGUGGAGACGAUACUUAUUGUGUUUAUGUUUCGUUGUUUUCGUCUUUCGCGUUAUGUCUACAUUUCAAUAAGAGAUACUUAUGUCAAGAGAUGAUCCUUUUCAGAAAAUGGUUACGCAUUUAGUUUUGGUGCUGCUUUGUGACGGAGGAUCUGAGCAAAGUCGACACCAAAAGCUCAGAUAAAGUAGAGCUUUGGAGAGCAAUGACACUGUUGGUUCUUGUGUCUCUGUGGAGUUAUAAAAGUCUCGUAAGUAACACAAAGUACAUUUGAAUUGAUUAAGAGGUACAAGGUGACUGAUAACGUAUCUGUUGAUAAUGAAGCCAUCGAUAAUGAUGCGCUAUAAAUUGCUGCCAGUCAGCUGACGCAGACACAAAUUUAUUUUGCCCCGACACUAUAUCCCUCCUUAUGUUCCAUAUUUAUAUUUCCACCAGACCACCGUGGCUCUGCCAGACUGUCUGGCACCAUGAGAUCUCUCAAAUGAUGAAACACUGCAUGGUUAUAUCAUCACCACAUAAUUACUGUUGUACAGUUACAGUAGACAGGGGGUUGUGUUUAGCCCCCAUCUCACAUGUUUACCUGCCAGCAUAAUAUUUUGUCUCAUUUGUCAGGAAAUGUUGGAUCUGAUGGGUGUUUGUUUUGCAGACUGACCAGCCAAAAGUGGGUGGCAGCAGAUGCAGCCUUUUGCACAACCUGACUUAAAAAAAAAUAGGGCCUGUCUCCACUGGCAUAUUUAUUGCACUAUAUCAUUUGUGCCUAAUUUUUCGACUAUUUUUGUGUUUCCCUCUUUUGUUACUGCUGGGCUCAUUAUUGUCACGUCUUACUGGCCAGUUCAAACCAAUAAUGGGCAGGAGUUUUGAUAUCAACUUUGUAAACAACAACAGAGAAGAAAAAAUUAAUUACACACAUUUUUAUAGGUAUAAUUUCCUGGUGAAGAGCUGCUUCUUACACCAGGAAAUGAUUCCCCUCGAUUAUAAUCUUUCUUUGGAAAAUUAUUUGAUGUAUGAUAUAUAUUGGAUAAAAGCAGAUCAUUAAAAGAAAACAGAAUAAAUAAAAAUCCAUCAGUGGAAACAGGCCCUAAAAGACCCAUAGUAUCUUUUCUUAGUCAAAACCAACAACAUGUGGUCACUUAUACAUUAAAUUCAAAGCCAUACAAAAAAAAAAUAUUGUUCAGUCCUGAGACAUGAGGCCUUUACGAAUAACUAACAACCAAUUUAUUUGUGUUUUAAGGCCAUAAAUCAAGUAUGCAAGAAGUUGAAAUCUCUCUGUUGUCAAUGUGUCAAUGUGAUGCAGCAAGUCUAUAAACUGAGGUUGAAAUCAUAAAAAUACAAUAUUAAUAUUUUAUCCAUGUGUGCCCUCUCUCCAAAGUCAUGUCAGAGAACUACAUCGUGUUCGUGGAGCAGCCCAUCAAACUGGACCUGCUGAAGUUCAUGCUGUACAGAAUCCAGGGAAAGAGCUUUCAUAAAGUCAUGACCUGGGAGCCUCAGCACCAAACUAUCUUCCAUCUGGUUAACAGGCACACAGGCCAGGUGGGUUCAGAUUAGUUUACUGCAUGGCAACAGAGGUGUUUUCAUGCAAUAAUAAAGUGUGAAAUAGAACAAAAACACUCUCAUUUUCUGGGCAGGCAGAACAAAAAAGAGAAAAAGUGCAAAACUGCAAGCUAAUCUCUUCAUGCAUGCCUGAGCUUUUCCCUUAUUUAUUUUGAUGGAGUCACACUCUGAUGGUGUAGCUGUUUCUCAUACACUGUUACUCUCAAUUUUCUCAUCUCAUUACACAGCAUACCCAUUAAGCAUACAAUAUCAAACUUUCAUAAUGUGAAGGUACACGAAAUAACAACAGCCAAGCCUGAGCCUCUGUCCUCAAACAUUAAAACCAAAAAAACAGAAAAAUCUCCCUGGUUUGUCCUAAAGCCUUUUUAAUACUUUACUGUUCUGGUUUAUGUUUUUCUGAUUGGCUGCUGCGACCGAUUCCCCCCCGACAGGAGAGCGAAGUGAGGUACAGCGCGGCACCCAUGUUCACGCUGCAUCAGAUCAACGCUUAUGAAGAAGACGGGUGCUUGGUGAUGGACAUGUGCUGCGGAGACGACGGAGAGGUCAUUGGAGACUUCACUCUGGAGAACCUGCGCAGAGGCUCAGGGGAAGAAAUGGACAAGGUAACCAAAUCAACAAAUGAACAAAAUACUGGUAUUUCAAGUUCCAAUAAGCUCGACAGAUGUGUCAUGUUGUUUUUUUAUUCAGCUGGUAUGCAUUCUUUAAGGGGUGGUUUUUCUCUUUCUUUUUUAGAGUGGGUUGUUUUAGGCACUAGUCAAUAGCAAGUGUAUUACCCACCUGGGACUCUGGUCAGCUUGCUUCCAUCACUUGAGAACAAGAUAGUAAGUGUAGUGGAAAAUCAACAUCUACUCAGUAAAACAAUGCACAGGAGACAGGAUGAGAUCUGAAGAGUAGCCUAGGCGUCUUUAUUGUAGAAUCAGUACAGAUGAAAAACAGAGUCUUGACCAAAUCAGUAGAGAGGAGCUUCAAGCCUUCCUCUCACACACUUUUAUGCUUCUGACUAAUACAUGUGGGUUACUGUGUACGCUUUUCCCGUCAUCAUGGGUACGUCAUAUCUACCCUCCAUGAGGUUACCCAAGGACAUGUCAUACUGUUCUGAAAUUCACCAUUUUGUUUGGGUUAUUCUUAACUUUCCUGGAGAUUAGCCUUAAGUAUUUUGAGAAACCGAUAAGUUUUGGUCCCUGCAAAGCAGCCUUGCUUACAACCUCCCAGUUGUGAGGCUGCAUAAAAAAGCCAACCCAGCUUAUUUGUAACCCCUUAAUAAAAGAUAAUCACUCUAUAUUUCUUUACCCAAAUUUAUGGGAAGAUUCUACCUCAGAAUAAAAGUUAGGCAAGUUUGUAAUUUAGUUGAUGUGAAUAAACUCUAACACAAACAUGAAUGCAUGAAAGAGUGUGAUUUAUAUAAGAAUUUCUCAUUUAAAAGUUCAAUUUUCUCUGUAAUGAUUGACAAGUACCUUAUACAACUCCACGUAAACAGUGCUAUUCCAUUAACAUUUACAUUAAGUCUAAAUAAGUCUAUCCAUUUGUAACUAACUUUAAACAAUGUUCACAAAACAUGAACUUAAAACCAGUCAGAAUCUUUUUCUUUUUUUUAUUAUCAAUGUGGCCUCUAACUCUCUUUCUCUCUCUCUCUCUCUCUGUCUCUCGCUCUGUUCCAGUCUUUAGAAACCUAUAUCUCAAGAGGACACAGUUCAAUUAUGUCUUCUUUUUUCCUUUUUCUUUACUCAGUUGUGGCUUAGUUGUUCAUGAAGUUGUAUUGAACCUUUCUAUCAAAGACGCCAAACUUACUUUUUUUUCAUAUCUGUCUGAUUUUCUUGGACAGUUUUACAACUCAUUGUGCAGAAACCUCCCACGGAGAUACGUCCUUCCCCUGAAUGUGGAUGACAAAACUCCUCUGGACCAAAAUCUUGUCACUCUACCUCUCUGCAGAGCCACAGCAAAGCAGACAAAACCAGGACAGGUGGGAUUAAACAGAGCACAGUAUAUGCUGUUGUUCAUUAUAUAAUGUUGUAUGUUUUAAUGUACAUGCCUCUGGCCUGAUUCCCGUGGAAUAAGCACAGAAUAGGGUCUAUAAUCAUGAUGAAUACAGCCAAUUCACUCCCACACACUCAGCGCAAUUAUCCCGUGUGGUGACACACUCAAGGUGCUUUCUGCAAGAUAGUAAUUUCAUGACUUACAGCAUAUAAAUAAGAUGUCAAACUGAGAGUCCACUAUGAGGUGGAACUGUCGCUAUUUAACAGCUUACCUACACAUGAGCGUAUACACACACAUACAUACUGUAUCUAAUGUGUUCUUAUAGCAGAAUAAAGCAGUACCAUUCCAUUGUGAAGAGAAUGGGUUGUCAUGACUACCUAAAUGACACUUUCCUUAGUCUUAGCUCUUACUGAAUAUGGUUUAUGUCGGUACAUGCGAUGGUGGAAAGUGCUGUAAGAGAGCAGCCAGCAACCACAGUCACUGCAGACAAAUGGAAAAAAUACAAGUCUGUAACUGCAAUAAAAGGUACAGGUAUUCUCAAGCAAAAUCAAAUUAAAUUGAUGUGCUCUUAUCUAGACUUUUAAAUGAAUGCCACUGCUCUUAUGUAGGUAUCCAUUUACCUGUUUUAGAGAAUAAUGUUGUAUUGAUUCUAGCCCAAACAGCACGAAGGGGAGCAGUAAAUCUGUCUGGAAGGCAUUAACUGGACUCAUUUUUUUGGUUCAAAUGUAAAAGUUUUACCAUCCAUAAAAAAAUCCAGACUUUUUCCUUUGACCCCACAGGUCUUCAUGACCCAUGAGGAGCUCCACGACGACCAGCUGCUCCAAUACGGCGGACUUGAGUUCCCUCAGAUCAACUAUGAUAAAUACAACGGCAGGCCUUACCGCUAUUUCUACUCCUGCGGCUUCGGACAUGUCUUCAGUGACUCCCUGCUCAAGAUGGAUGUCCACACCAAGGAGCUUAAGGUUUCUAUCUUCUAAGGAAAAAUCCUCAUUGUUAACUAGGCUGGGUAAAACCACAUCAAAGUCAUUUCCAGUGCUCUUUGUCUAGAAGUGAGGGCAGGAUGUGAAGGGUUGGUUUUCUGACAUGAAAGCGCUCAGAGUAAAGGAGGGGUGUCUGUGUAAUCUCCCCCUGCCUAGGUGUGGCGUUAUCCCGGCUUGUUCCCGUCUGAGCCCGUCUUUGUUGCUUCCCCUGAUGCCACAGAGGAAGAUGAUGGAGUGGUGCUGUCUGUCAUCAUCACACCCAGGGAAGUAAGUCAACCACAACAAAGAAAACACACAAAAACGAUGAGCAAAAGCAACAUGAAACAAAUGUUCACUUCCAAAUUACUUUCACUGGUAUUGUGCAAAGAGCCGAUUCAAAUGACUGUUUUUGUAAAUGGAGUCUGGCGGCUUUAAAGGGCUUAAUGUAUAGGAUGUUUAAAGCAUGGUUUAAAAUGAGAUCCAAGUUUGACAAACAGAUCUAUCUCAGCAGGUAUAGUUAGAGUUAUACUCUUAGACAAUAGUAAUUACAGCCUGUCGGUGUAAAAAAAUCAAACUUAAGUGGGCACACUUUGUCUUGGGAGAUAGUGCAGCAGCCAUAUCUGAAAGUUUUGUUCCUUGUUGUAAUUGAAGACCUGAAAUAUGAAACAAAAAAGGGGGUAACAGUUUACAAUAACCAUAACCUAUAAAUGAUAAAUAGACCGUUUAUAAAUGUUAAGCACAUAGUUUAUUAAUGUUUAAUCAUCAUUUAUAAAUAACAUAUAGGCUAUUAAUAGGCUGCAAACCUAACCCUAACCCUAUCUAUACAAUAACCAUAUAAGUAAUGUUUAUAGGUGGUUUAUAAACCACUUAUUAAUCAUUUACAAAGUAUGACAAACAUCAGUUACAACUUUACAAUAACCAUCUCAGUAAUGUUUAUAGAUGGUUUAAAAACCAAAUAUUAAACAUUUACAAGGUGCUACUGACACACAUUUUAAUCUAGAUGUUUUACAACUAAUAUUUAAACCCUGUAUAAACCUUUAAUAAAAAGUCCAUUAUGAAGGAAUAAAAAUUAUCAAUCAUAAUUGCAUUGCUGAUUAAUGGUAAAGUAACAAAUAACUUACAUUCAUAAACCAUCUAUUUGCCAUCUAUAGUUGGUCUAUAUGCUGUUUUUAAAUGAUGAUUAAACAUUGAUAAACUAUCUAUUUACCAUUUAUAAAUUGUGGUUAUUGUAAAGUGUUACCUAAAAAGGGCAAAUAUUUUUAAAUAAAGAAAUUAUGCUGUAAUAUCUAGACUAAACCAGAGUUGAUAUAAAAGGUGAUAAAGCUGAUUUUUUGUACAUUUUUGUAUGAUCUAGAGCAGAUACAAUAUCAUCAUGAUUCCAAGAAAGAUGACCCUUUUCUUUACAUCACAAAUUCAAACCUCUCUCUCUCUCUCUCUCUUUCUUUUUCUCUCUCUGUGUGUUUUUCCAGGAGAAAACUACUUUCCUGCUCGUUCUGGAUGCAAAAACUUUCACUGAGCUUGGCAGAGCAGAGGUCCCUGUCAACAUCCCGUAUGGGACCCAUGGGGUGUUUAACCUGAAGGGCUAGAUGUGAAACUGCUCCCUGGAAAAAUCGCUAAAACUAAACCAGCAACCCACAGACUUUAUCCAUUGUAUAGAAAAUCUCUGUUGUAGCCAAUUUCCGUAAAAACAAAAAAUCCUGAACUGUUAAAAGAAAACCAAAAAGAAGAGAGGAAAAACUGCUGACUCAUGCUGUUUGUUUGUUUGUCCUUCUUUGAUAGGAAAAAGUGCGUGUCCUCGCCGUGUGCUACAUUUACAGUCAGAUAGAUGGCAAUCUUUAGGAGACAGGAAGCCCAGCACGGCAUCAGCACACUGAUUGUUUGUCCUCUGAGUGCUCUUGUGUCCUCUUUUUAAGAUUUUAAUGAAACAGCCUUCAGACGACUACCUGGAUGCCAUGCAGAUGGUGCUUAUUUGGAAGGAUUUCUCGUUUACACUUGAGGGUGAACAAAAAAACAAAAAACAUGAAAGCUUAUACACAUAGUAAAAUAAAGAUCCAUUUCCCCCCUUUUUUUUUCUUUUUAAACCAAAAGUGUUUUAGCACUAUCAUGCCGUUGGAAACGCUAUACCCCCAGUGAGAACCAUGUAGCACUUAGGAUACAUAUAAAUGCAUCAGAGGAAAUUCAAUUUCUGUCAAAGUAAUGUGAUAGAAAUGGACAACGUCUGAAAAGCCUGGAAAACAAAUGGACCGGACUGGUCGAUAGCCUCCAGAGAGUCUCGUAGAGGUCACAUCGCAAACGUGGCGCUGUUUAUUCGCUCGAAACAACCCAAAACAAAAGUUGACACACACACAAACAUGAAGCCUGGGUGUGAACAGGAGUGAUUUGUUGUUUCAUUUUUAUUAUCUGAACGGAACAAUGCGAGGUAGCCUUGAGCUGAACUUGUCACUCCAAUAUCUUAACAGCUGACUUUGCUGAUGCUUAUUUUAUCGGCUAUUUUCCCACAUUGAUCGGCACAAAUUGAUCUGAACUGACCCAGGGCGCUGCACCUGAUACCAGAUUACGGCUCUGUGGAAGCAGAGAGGUCUUGAACGCAAAAUGACCCGAAUAGUUUUUUUUUAUUUUUUACCUUUUUUAAUAUCGAAAUUGACUUUUAGUCAUAAGUUACGGUUGGAAUUCACAAGUUUAUUUCACAAAGGCAAGUUCCAAGCUUCAAUUAUUUAUGACUGCAGGAAACACACAGGCAGCAUCUGUAGUUCUUCUUAGUCUGCUGAAGUGAAUAAAACAGGAGGGAAUAAAUCUUAAGGGUACAGUUUCCAUUAAAUCCACUCUGGGAAUUAACAAUUCUUAUGUUUUUUGUCAUGUUCUGUUUCUAAUAAGCAUGCUGCACAGGUCUCCCAAGAUACACAUUAAUUAGCUCAUAAUUUCUAAUCUCAUCAGUCAUGCUUAACCUCUGCGAGUGUGUGUGCGUACAUACUGUAAGCUCAGGUUCAUUAGUACUCUGUUCAACGAGCAUGACCGGCAAAAAGCGAUACAGUGACCUAUGACCUAAGAUAAAUCUCCAGCUAAAUUAUGUGUUUGCAAAGCUGCGGAGCAAAGCACAGCCUUAUCAAACAGCCGGCAAACGGCCUUUUAAUUUGAAGUAUCAUCCAAAGAGACAUUAAGCAGAAAGGAUCAAUAGUGAUUUCAAUGUGUUAUUGUAGAUAGUUAACACUUUGACAGCUGGAUGUGUCAGGUUCAGCCGGGUCAGGCUUUAAUGAUGCCUAAGCACACUACAGCUUCAGUCAGUCUGAAAACUUAAGCACCUGUGCACUUUGUAGCACCGAUAAACUUGCACACACAGCAUUUGUAUGCAAGUUUGUGCGUCCUGCUUUCAAGGUGACAGUUUCAGACUGUCUAAGCUCUUAUUUGACCCCUGAGAGAAAGCAUGAGCUCACUCCAACUCUCCCCUGCUGCUGUCUUUCAAAGACACACACACUCACACACACACACGUUACUGCCCAGAGUCUUUACUUUGACUGUUAUCUGUAUCAUUAUUUUAUAUCCUGUGAAUUCAUAAUGACAUCAUCUAUAUUCACCAGAUUAGACACACUUCUCAAAAGAGGAGAUUUCCCUCAAUAGUGGGAACACUGUCUUCCAGAUACAGAUUUGUCACUCCCUAUCUUCACGGUCUUGUGUGAGCACGGUUAUCUGACAUAUGUGUAUCUGCACGUGUGUGUGUUUGUGUGUGAAUGUAAGCACUCUCUCCAGUGCGCACAAACUAUGUGUUUAUUUAUGAAGGCAUUACUGCAGAGCUGCACAUGCAUGUUUGUGUGUGUGUUAGUGGUUCUCUGUGGGCUCUCUCUAAUUGUACUUAAAAAACACAGCAGAAGCUUUAUGAAGUCGGAGCUGAGCAAUUAAAUACCCACGGAGGGGGUGAAUCGUGCACUGUCAACACAAAUAAACUCCCACUAUGGACCUGACAGUGUGGCUCAAGAAGAAACUGUGAAGAAAGGAUUUUUCCAUAUUGCACUAUCAUGGGGGGAAAUAAUGCAGCGCCUGAAUAAGAAUCCACAAUGCAAAUGUAGCUGUUUUAUUCACUGUGUUUGCAGCUAAUGUUUCCUCUUGUCUUAUUGUGUUAUUAGAAGCGUCUUCAUCCUCCUGAGCCUCCUGCGCAAACAACUGUAAACUUUAUACAGUUUAUGCAACUGCUCUUCGGAGGGAAAUUACUUGAAUAACUAAAUGUCCACUUUGUUAUCUUCUAAAAUAAAGGAGGAAAGUUGGUUGUGGUUUUGGAAA